AAUCCUGGUGAACCACUGUCUUCAACGGAGUUUUUCAAGCAGGCUUGUGAAAUGUGGAAGAAUUUUUCAAAGGAAGACAAGAAGAAAUAUGAGGAGAUGGAAGCCCUGGAUUUAGUGAGAUACCAGGAGGGUAUGGCCAACUAUGUACCUACCGGCGGUGAGAAAAGAAAAAGAAAUAAAAAAGAUUCGAACGUACCGAAAGCCGCGAUGUCUGCAUAUGCAUAUUUUUCGUUGGAACAACGCCAAAAAAUGACAGCAAACUUUCCAGCUAUGCCCGCCAGGCAAGUUACUAAGGAACUGGGCGAAAAAUGGAAAUUGUGCAAAAACAAAACAAAGUAUCAAAUCAUGGCUGCCAAAGAUAAGGAAAGGUAUGAAUCAGAAAUAGCUUUAUACAUUUCAGCGUCUGCUUCGAUUGUUAGAUCUGUUUGUUCUUCAGCUAAAGAGCCAGCAAUUUCAAAAAAUUCAACAAAGUCGAAAUUUAAGCCUCUUACCAAGAAACGCAAAGUUGAGAUAGAGCGUUAUAACGAUGGUGAUAAUGAUGAGACACCCAAGGAGAAGGUCGAAGAUGAUGAAGAUGGUGAA